UCAUUCCCACUAGUCUCUCUCCCUCUCUCUAAACGUUGCUACCCGGUGACGGAUGAGCUUCUCGGCGACGCCUUACGACCGGCCGCCGGCGGCGUUCUGAUCUCCGACGAUAGCCGCUUUUCCUCAAACCGGGGGGGUACAGUGACCGCUGCCGACUCCAUCCCCUCUGAUACGAUCGAUAUACAUCGAUCUCCGCCCGAAUCUUUUCCCUACGUGUCGGCUGUGGGCUCGCUUCCGGAGAUGGCGACGACCGCAACGACAACGAGCUGUCACCAGCUGUGUCGGACCAUCGCGUGCCCUCCUUGGCUUCAAGCGGCUCUUGCAGACAUCGAGCAGAGGGUGCAGGCACUCGCGGUGAGCUUACCCGAUGAGGAGGAAUCGCAUUCGUUCGCGGAGCGGGCGGAGAACUACUACCAGAAACGGCCCCAACUCCUCGCCCUCCUCCAAGACCUCCACAACCGCUACCUCUACCUCGCCGACCGUUACUCCCAAUCCCUCCUGAAACCCCUCCACCGGCGCAAGAUCUCCUCCGUCCACUCCGACUUCGACUACGAUGACGACCUCCGCGCCUCCGACCCCGACUCCGCCUCCUCCGACGCCGAGAGCUCCCUCUCGUUCCAACCCCUCCGGCCGGUGCCGGCGCCGGUGCUCACCGAAGAUUCGCCCUCCGCCGAGGGGGCAUUGGACGUGAUCGUGGCGGAGCUGGUGGUGGCGGCGGUGGAGAGGGAUCUGCUGGCGGCGGAGGCGGCGGAGGUGGAGCGGCGGUGGUCGGAGUCGGCGAGGAAGAUCGAGCUGCAGGGGAGCUUGCUGGAGGUGCUGGAGUCGGAGAGGAUGGUGCUGCUUGGGGAGAACGCGAGGCUGGGGUUCCGGGCGGCGGCGGCAGAGGAGGAGGGGCGGGCUGUGGCGGCGGAGCUGGGGUACAUGCGGCGGAAGGCGGCGGAGCUGGCGCGCCUGGUGGUGAAGCUCCGGGAGGAUCACCGAGUGUGCCUUCUCGGCCGGAAGAUCGAGGCCCUCCAGGGUCAGAUCUUCGGUUUGGAACGGCGGAGCCGGGAGUGCUUGGAGGCGAUGGCGAAGAGAGAGAAGGAGAAGGGGGACGUUAUGUUCGAGCUGGACCGGCUCAGGGAGGAGAACCGCCGGCUCAGGGAGGAGGCCGAGGCGGUCCGGGCGAAGCGGAGGAGGAGGAAGAAGAAGAAGGAUGGGGGUUUCGGGAAGUGGUGGGACCGGGUGUGGAAGAUCGAGUGGGCCCCGUGUGCGCCGCACGUGAAGGGUGGAAAGGGGUGCUUCUAUCUGUAACGGGGAUUCUAGCGGUAAAUUGUAUAGGUAAAAGUAACGUUACCAUGGAUUCAUGGCUACAACUACUACUUAUAUAUAGUACUGGUUGGCAGUGGAGUCGAUAUAGUCUAUACUGUGCAGUUGCAUCAGUACGGUUUAAGAGUCUUGGUUAUAUGGAUGGUGCUUUUUGUUAAUUAUCAGUUUGGGAGGUAUGGAUUUUGGUUAAUGUUAUCCUUUGAGUUUUGCUAUUCUGUUGUUGUACUAUGAUUACCAGCUUGUA